GAUUUCCUUAUGGGAGGCGCCGCUCAUCUUCCCCAAACCUGCCGCGCGCCGCGGAGGACGACACAACCCGGACAGCAGCCGGGAGAGACCGUGCCGGUGAAAGCUUCCGCCGACGCCCAUGUUUACCUGCGGACGCCCAGCAGUGCCCAAAGGUCUGACCAGACCUGCAGGAAUGGUCCAGAGGAACGAUGUGGUGCUGUCCGUCCUGCUGCAGCUCCAGGAGGCCACAGAGAGCUCCGGCCUGGAUGCCGUGACCGGACUCGCUCUGGAGGUCCAGCAACUCCUUGCUCCCUUCCAGCUCCCAGCAGCCCCCUGUCAGGAGCUGCCAGAGUGGGUCAGCGUGGACGAAAAGGCCCAGGGGUUGUACCCUGCUGAUGCACCCAAGGGUCUCCUGCCGCUGAAUUGCAAUGGGGAAGGCAACUUGCUGUUUGAUGCUGUGAGCAUGUUGCUUGUGGGUUCCACUGCACUAAGCUUGGAGCUACAGGUGCGGACCGUGGUGGAAAUGGUGCUUUGGAAGAGUUACUACUUGUCUGGGAUGAUCGAUUCAAAGAUGAUGCUCCAGGCUGUUCGCUUCAGUUUAAGUGCAGAAGAGUCUGAAGACAUGGUCAACUUGCCGGCGGCCGUCCUGGAGGCCAUCUUUGACGCGGAUGUCAAGGCCUCCUGCUUCCCUGGCUCUUAUGCUAACAUGUGGCACGUGUACGCCCUGUCGUCGGUUCUUCAGUUCAACAUCUACUCCAUCUACCCUAUGUUCAACCUCAAGAUCAGACCCUAUUUCAACAGACUCAUACGCCCUAGAGCCAGACCUGAACGCUCGGAACCUCAAACCAUACAUGUCAUGUGGUCCGGCGAGCUGCAGGCAGAGUCAUUGUUCCGGCCAAAUUACUUUGUGGCUUUAGUUCAGCUGAGUUCCCACAUGUCUGUCACCCUUGACCUACAACACAGGGCGACUCAGAUUAACAGCAAGGAGCAGGCGAGCCGUGACCAGCCGCUGUCCUACCCGAACCUCAAGGACAAGUAUAACAUCACCAAGAGGACCUUUUACCGCUGGAAGAGGCAGACGCAGGAACACUGUAAGAAGUCAGCAGCCCGGUACGAGGCAAAGUACUUUCUACAGGCUUGUUACUUGGAGGGCAAAUUCAUUCCUUUGCACCAGUUUAAGAAGUUUUUCCCAGAGAUUUCCAGGUCAUCUUACUAUAACUGGAAGCAAGAGCUGCUGAAAACCGGAGGGAACUUCACGUCUUCUUCAGCUGGAGAGAUCAGCCCCGGAGAGAGCACGGAGCAGGAGGCCUGGUCAUCGCCCGAAGCCAACCAGGACGAAGCCGAGCACCACGACAACGUUGCCAGGAUGUUCGGCCUCAACCUCGGCAAGCUGGACGUAGAGCGAGCUCACAAUGUGGCGCACAUGCAGGAAGCCAAGCGCUGCUUGCAGAACUACAUCACCAUGAACACCUCCUUCCCUUUCCGAAUAUUCAAGAGAAACUUUCCAGGAAUCUCCAGGUCAACCUACUACAACUGGAGAAGAGAAGCCAUGCUUUUCAACAAGGGCUACAAAGGAACUGUUGGCAGCAGCGAGGACAGCUCGGACGCCGACAAAAGCGAGAGUCCUAAAAGCGGGGCAACAGCAAUAUCCAGCGAGACCCAGACCCUUGUGCCCAAAGCUCGGAUUUUCAGGAGAAAACACAGGAGCUUCAGGUUGGCGUACCUGAGCAAAAAGCAGCUCCGAGAAUUGGCAAAGUUACACGUUCAGAAGUCCAAAUGGUCUCUGACAAAGUUCAAGCUCAAGUUCCCGUCCAUGUCCUCUUGUUUCUAUUGGCUUUGGCGCAGCAGCGAAAACCACAAGGCCAAAGGGAGGAUUGGCCAAAGUGUGGAGACCAGUGCUCCAGAGAGUCUGGAGAGCUCGUCCAAGGAAAAUCUCAUAUUGGAGAAUCCCGUUCAUCUCCCAGUCGCCAUGGCCCACAAACACCCGGAGACUUCUUCGCUCCCCUCUUUUGAUGUUGCGCAUUCAAAGCAAAUCUUUCAAAGAAAUGCACCAGUGGAUGAGCAUGUGUAUGGCAUGGAUGUUGUGGCGCUGGCCAACUUCAAGGCCAAGGCGAAGCUCUUCCUGCAGCAACGCUUCGAGGAGAAGUCCUUCCCCACCUUUAAGGAAUUCCGUUCAUACUUCCCGUUCACUGCACGCUCCACCUACUACAUGUGGAAGCGAGCGCUGCACCACGGCGUGUCACUGGUCCAUGGGUGAGCCAAGCUUCUGGUGCACUAGAAACCUGCCCCAGCCAGGUGUAAUUGUAAUAAUUUGCCCCAAUAUUGAAAAAAACUACCUACUAGCCCAUGAAAAACAGCAGCAAUGUGUCCCCCUCCUCUACCCCCUCCACCCCAGACCAUUCCUCCCUCCUGAACAUUUGCACGUGUUUGAAAAGACGCUGAGUCGGGGCCAUUGAAACCCUGCAUGCUGCCCCCCCCAAGGCGAAAAGCAGUUCAAAGCAGUCUUUUAAAGAGGGGGGGGGGGUUAGUCUGAAGCUGCUUCUCCGUUCUUUCAGUCCAGGCCUUUCUCGUUCAUUGGAAUUCCUUUUUACAGUAUAUCAUCCCCAACUGGAACAAACCAGUUUCACCCCAGACCAAGCAGGGUUUCCAUCACUUUGUAGGUUCUUCAUCUCGGGGAUCUUCUGGUUUAAAGAGCAGGUUUUAUCCGAUGCAAACGCUGAUGGACGUGUUUCCAAGCUCCUGUCCAACUGAAUGUAGAUCAGAUUUAUUUUUUGUACCCUCUUUCAUUUAAUUUCCAAACUACCUAUUCUAGCUUUGAGCUGCUUUUGUUUCACAUGUAUUUAUUCUUUUAACCGCAGGUUGUAAAUGGGCGCUGCUAACACUUGAUCGUCUCAACGACAUUUGGUAUUUAGUCCCUAGAGACCCGAGGGAUCUUCUGAGUUAUGAAAAAUGAAACUGAUUUGUUUGGAACAGGUCAAACUCGCCAGGGGAAUGAAAGAACAGCGCUUUUUUUUCCAGCUAUUGUGCUCAUGCUAAUGAUCAAGAGGGGGGAAGGGGUAAUUUUAUGUAUGCAAGGGAACAGAGGUGAGAUAAGGACAGGAACACUCAGGAGUAUGGAGGGUGGGGGGUUCUGGUCUUCACAGUCUGGAGACGAUCAAUCAUAACCCUUUUCCUUUGAACAAAUGAGUUUCUGUAAACUGCUGAAUGUACAAAUAAAGGAAACCAAAAACAGA